AUGCUGGACAUAUGGCGAGGAUCUGCAGGAGGCGCUGUCUCCCUCGAAGUGGCAAUCAAGAAGUGUGCUCGGGCCAAACAUUGGAGUGCAGCAUUGCAGCUACUCCGCGAGGUGCAUGAGGGGAAGUUGGAGGCCAGCGUGAUCACCUACAACGCUGGGAUCAGCGCAUGCGGAAAAGGCGGGCAAUGGCAGCGGGCACUGUCGCUGCUCAGUGGGAUGUCGGGGGCACAGAUAGAGCCCAGCGUCAGAAGCUACAGUGCUGGGAUCAGCGCUUGCCAGAAGGCGGCGCAGUGGCAGACGGCCAUACUGCUAAUCAGGGAGAUGCGGGGGGCGAAGUUGGAGCCCGAUGGCAGCCCUGGUCAGCUACACCGCUGGGAUCAGUGCGUGCGAGAAGGGCGCGCAGUGGCAGCGGGCUUUGGCUCUGCUCAGCGAGAUGUGGGAUGCGAAGCUGGAGCCUGA